UAAUUUUUUUUUAAUAUUUUAAAUCCGAAAUUCACCAACUUUCUUCCUGGGUUUUAUCUGAAUCACGUUAAAGUUGACAUCUUUAAACUAUUUACAAUAACAUCUCCUUGAAUUUCUAUCUCAUUAUCUUUCCUCUGUUUCUGCAGAUCUGUUUGAAGUAACCUUUGCCUUUGUGUUUUGACAUCAAAAAACCAAUAAAGAAUCAAACUUUAUUGUUACCACUUACCACCAAAAUGGCAAUGCCACCGGGUAACUGGAUCCCCGACGGGCGAGACGGGUUUAUCUCGUGGAUUCGUGGGGAGUUCGCCGCAGCCAACGCCAUCAUCGACUCCCUCUGCCAACAUCUAGUGGCUGCCGGAGAUCAAAACGAAUACGAAUCCGUUGUCUCAGCAAUCCAACACCGUCAAGCAAGCUGGUCUCAAGUUCUUUAUAUGCAGCAGUUUUACUCGAUCGCUGACAUCUCUCACUCUCUGCAUCAAGCUGCUCUGAAGCGGCGGCAGCAACAGGGAAGGCCUCAGCAAAGGCAUUAUUACAGUUCUGAUGAGUUUGGAGGGAGGAGAUCAGGGCCUGGAUUUAACAAGCAUCAUCAUGGUGGUGGUGGUUACAGAGGAGGAGGAGGAGCUGAGUCUAUGGUGAGAAACAACAGUGAGACUAAGGUAGCAAGUGAUGAUAAGGCGUUGUCUGUUGCUGAGGAGAAGAUAGAUAAUAAUCUCAGUUCUGAGCAAAAACAGGAAGAGAAAGAUAAAGAGUGUCCUGCAAGCAUAGCAAAGACUUUUGUUGUUGAAGAGAUGUAUGAAGCAAAACUGGUUAAUGUUGUUGAAGGAUUGAAGCUAUAUGAGAAAAUGGUUGAUUCCAAUGAAGUUUCUCAAUUGGUUUCUAUUGCAAACAAUCUGAGAAACGCUGGAAGAAGAGGUCAACUCCAAAGUGAGGCAUAUGUGAGUUAUAAACGUCCAAAUAGAGGACAUGGACGCGAGAUGAUCCAGCUCGGUCUCCCUAUAGCUGAUACAAUGCCUGAUGAUGAUGAGAGUAUCAAAGAUAGAAGAAUAGAGCCAAUCCCAUCGUUUCUUACAGACAUCAUUGAACGUUUGGUCUCAAAGCAAAUCAUACCUGUGAAACCAGACGCAUGCAUCAUUGAUUUCUUCAACGAGGGAGAUCACUCUCAGCCUCAUAUGUUUGUUCCCUGGUUUGGACGACCGGUUGGGGUCUUGUCCUUGUCUGAAUGUGAUUUCACAUUUGGAAGAGUCAUUGUCUCUGAUUAUCCGGGAGACUACAAGGGCUCUCUCAAGCUGUCUCUCACUCCCGGAUCUCUUCUUCUGGUGGAAGGCAAAUCCGCAGGUCUUGCCAAGUUUGCUGUUCACUCGAUCCCAAAGAAGAGGAUUCUCAUCACUUUCACCAAAUCUCAGCCGAGAAACUCUAUAGGAGGAACUAACUGGAGUCCACCGCCAAGCAGAUCGCCGCAUAAUCAUCACAACAGUGUGCAGACUAUAUUCAAAGGACCUUCUCCUCCGCUUGCCACUCCAAUGCCGUUCCAAGGUGGUGUCAUACCUGCGGGAACGAGCUGGCUACUGCCACCACCUCAGCCAAGAGUGCCUGUCCCUGGCACUGGUGUGUUCCUCCCACCAGGUUCAGCCCAAGAACAGGUUGUACUAGGCUCCACAGAGAGAUCCAACGACAGCAAUGGAAACAACUGUGCAGAAGGAAAGAUAUAGAGAGCAGAGAGACAAACUUGGAGCUGCAGUUUUUAAACUAUAAAAAAAAAGCGGCUAAUGCUAUGAAACGUUAUCUCUUUUUGUUUUUUUUGUUUGCUGCUUCAGAAAAUUGUUUAUUAGGAAAAAAGAGAACGAGCGAAAUUUACAUGUUUUGACG